CUGGCUUACAACCAUAAAGACAUACAACUAGGGAUAUGAUAGACCGAGUAAUGGUAUUUCCGGAGCUGGAAUUUUAAGCCCUGUAAACCUGGAAUUGCAGACUCACCAUUGAGCUCAUUCGCGUGGAUUCUGCAUGGUGACUAAAACAUGCCUUCAUCACAGGUAUUAGUCCGUCUUCCACAGACUACGCUCAAACGCAGACAGUUUAAGGAUAAAAUAACCAUACAUUUCCAAAAGUCGGAGGUCAGCAAUGGUUUUGAAGUGGAGGAUGUCAAUAUUAUCCUGGAAAAUGACAGUGAAAUAUGGCUGACAGUUACAUUGAGCGAACCUGCAGGUGUCGAGUUCGUACUUUCAAGAGAAAAACACCAUGAACUGAUCAUUGAUGGAGUUGCAAUUCCACUUGAAGUAAAACCUGCACCAAGCUGGCGGCUAGUGUCACCUUCAGUUGAUUCGGACUCGGAUCUAGAGACUUGUGUGGUCUUGAAAGAAGCCGAUGCCGAAGUUGAGGAAGAUGAGCAACUGAUCGAAGUGACUGGUUUUAAAUGGUUACAUGAUAUGGAGGUCCUUAAAUUGUACUUUGAGAACCCACGGAAAUCUGGAGGAAGUGAAAUAGAGACGAUCGAGAGAGAUUCUAAGACUGGUGCCGUCAGAAUUACCUUCAAAGACCCAUCGGUUGCUGCUACGGUUGAAGCAAGGAAGCACAAGCUAGCCGGCGCAAAUCUGAAUGUUAAACUGAUCACCAAGAAGAAACGUCGACCACUUCCAAUCAACGCACGAUGUCUGUUUCUAGAAGGAAUACCAGAUGGCUGCUCCUCUGAGCAUUUAAAGCUCUUUAUUGAGAAUAGAGCAUCCAUGAAUGAGGAACCAACCAUCCAAUAUGGAGAGAAGCCUGGGACAGCUAUAUGUACAUUCUCAUGUGUUAUUCCAGAUCUCGAUGAGACGUUGACUAAUAUUUCUAAGAAGAAACUUAAAGGCGUUGUAUUAACAGCAGAGAAAGUUCAUGAAACUGAUGCAGUCUUAGUAACAGGAUGUUCACAAGUUGUAAGUUUGAUUGAAGUCAUUGAUCUGUAUUUUGACAUCAAGAAGAAGAGUGGAGGCAGUGGAGUGAGAGAGGUACAACCAGGACCCGUGGAUGGACAGGCAAUCGUUCACUUUGAUGACUGGAAUGUUGUGAAUGGAGUGUUGCGCAAAGAUCAUAAGAUUGGUGGAAAAGUAGUAAAAGCUGAAACGUAUCAUGAAUGUCUUGGGAAACUGGACCAUGGUGAUCAGGCGUCCGUCUCACACACCGCUGGCAAGACAAGCCCUGAACAGUUGAAAAGAGGACCCGGUAAUGUAGCAUCAAGCAUCGAGGGAGCUGAAGCACAAGAGACUGGCCAGAAAGUAGGGACGAAGAAACCACACCAAAGAGUCCAGGUACCAUUCCAAGGAGAACAGGGAGGCAAGGCUGUUGACACUCGGGAAGGGUUCCAAGGAAGCCAUAACGAAAGUUACGAGCAACUGAUUGAAGUGACUGGCUUCAAACCGUCCACAGAUGAUGAGAUCUUCAAGCUCUAUUUUGAAAAUCGUGGAAAAUCUGGAGGAGGUGAAGUAGAGACGAUCGAGAGAGAUUCUAAGACUGGUGCCGUCAGAAUUACCUUCAAGGACCCAUCGGUUGCUGUUGAAGUUGAGAGGAGAAAGCACAAGCUUGUUGGUGCAACGCUGAAGAUCAAACUGAUCACCAAGAAGAAACGUCGACCACUUCCAAUCAAUGCACGAUGUAUGUUUCUAGGAGGGAUACCAGAUGGAUGCUCAUCUGAGCGUGUGAAGCUCUUUAUUGAGAAUAGAGCAUCCAUGGAUGAGGAACCAACCAUCCAAUAUGGAGAGAAGCCUGGGACAGCUAUAUGUACAUUCUCAUGUGAUAUUCCAGAAUUGGAUGAUGUUAUAACCAAGAUUCCAAAGAAGAAACUUCGUGGCGUUCAAAUAACAGCAGAAAAAGUUCAUGAAUCCGAUGCACUCCGAGUACAAGGAUGUCCGCAAGACAUAGAUUUUGAAAUGAUUGAGUUGUAUUUUGACAACAAGGAGAAGAGUGGAGGCGGUGGAGUGAGAGAGGUACAACCAGGACCCAUCGUCUACUUUGAAGACUGGAAGGUGGUUCAAGACGUUUUAGCAAGAGGUCUUCAUAAGCUUGGUAGUACUGAACUUCGAGUCGACUCAUACUAUGAGUUCCUCGGAAGACUGAGCCCGCUUGAUGCCCCAACUCCACAUAUCCCAAAACCAGUGUCAGUAGAAGUACAUGAACCUAUUAUGGAAUUCCUCUAUGGGAAAGGUGAAAAUGCCAAGAAGAAGUUGUUGAAAGACUUGGCCAAGAUGAAAGCCAAUCUGCUGUGGCCGGAUGGUUCUCAGAAGUCUCAAGCUAAACUGAAGCCAGUAGAAUAUGACUCCCAGCCUCAAUCAUCAUGGUUGAACUGGGAAAAGGAAGCUGUCGAUGUUCUGACCGACUUCAUGAACGGAUACAAAACAGCCCGAGUUCCAGUUCCGCAAACACUGUGGAAGGGUGCUGCUGAUAAACUGCAGAAGAUGACUACAACUUGCUCGAUGGUCCCAGAUGCUCAACGUCAUGAAGUGAUACUGGUCGGGGAGCACCGAGAUGUUGAUGUCACUGAAGCAACAAUCAUUGACAUCAUCAUGGAGUUACAGAAGGAGGCUGACUAUGAUGCUGAACAAGUAACAGAAGACAUCAACUGGGAUACAGAGAUCCUGCAGCUUUUUACCUUGUGUGGGAUUAAACAAGAGAUCGAAAAGUCCUUUCCAGCUCUGAAGAUUACAAUUUUCAGCUCUCCUGGUAAAACUGGCAUUACUCUCGGGGGAACAAGGAUAACCGUCAAAGAGGUGGAGCUAAAGAUAAGGAGGAGGAUGGACAGUUUGGAAAAGACUGAGUUCAAAGUUGGGAGUAUCAAAGUGCGGUUUGUUCAGAGUGUUCUUGACAAAAUUUAUGAAGCUCUAGGGUCAAAGGAUAUUCUCGCAGCAUGCAGUGGAUCUGAUGAUGGGAAGAUCACAAUACAUGGUGCUACUAGCAGAGAUAUCAGGGAGGCUAAAGCAUACAUCGACCAUGAAAUAGAUGAAGAUGUGAUUCCCAUCAAAGGUUCUGCAUUAGCUGUUGUACAAGGCAACGAGGGGAAGAAACUUGUAGAUUGUAUCAACAAGCAAAAGUUGGUCAUGGUGGAAAUGAGGCAAGACAGUAUCGAGCUCGCGGGAUUCAAGUCUAAACUGGAGGAAGCGAAGACUCAGAUCAUAAAGUUCCUUAAAAACACAACAAUUAUUAAGGAACACAUUCCUUGCCGCGCUGCUGAUCUAAAGACAAUCGAUAACCUCUGGCCUGAAGAAGUUGAGUUUGUAGAAAUGAAAAAUCAGGCAAACUACGUCAAAAUAGAGUCGAGGACACACGGAAGCAAGACCGGUUUUGCUAUUGAAGGCAACCAAGACGGCAUUGAAACCGCUCGAAACUGUUGUCUGUUGCUAAUGGAAAGACUUUAUAGAAACCAAGAAGACACACACAAAAGUUAUAAGCCACAAACAAUAGCUGUAGAUCAGCUGCAAUCAGAUCAGCCAGCACAGGCCUGCAGUUCAGUAGAAGUUGAGAUUGACCCAGGCCCUGCCAACCCGCUGCCUGCAUCCUUUCCACGUCCUCCAACCACCGACUUAUCCGUCUAUUGGCAGUCUCUUCCUCCACGUAACUCCGUUGACUAGGCUCCUCUGAAUCACCGGGGAGCAUCGGGUUCUCAGCGGGUCGUUGCCCAACAGUGCGCGGGGAAACACAACGCUGGUCCCC